AUGAGUGAACCGCCUUCGCCAACCUCUCCCUCUGCGGCAGCCGCUUCCGCAGGCGACGUUCUGGAGCGCCGAAAAACAGAAGUCAUCCGCAAGUUGGCCGCCCAUGUGCCUAGUGACGAUGGCGAUCCUAUUCGGCUCAAGAAGCUUGGAAUCAUCGAAAAGGUCCUUGCAUCUUUCGAGGAUCCCAACAUGAACUCUGAUUACCUGGAUGAAAUCAACAAUUUCCACAGUUACCGGUACCAGCCGAUGACGUCUACUUUGGCAUAUCUCGACAACAUCGAGCAACGCCUUCAACUCUUGAAGGAUAUCAAGACCACCAAGUUGAAGUACACCGAUCCUGAGGUCCCGCCGAAGGCACUUCCAGCUGAACUCAUCACACAUGUUGUAUGGGCUGCCUUUAUGGCAGCCCCGAUUGACGCUCUGCAAACGCUUCUGAACAACAUGCAGAGCGGCAGGGUAGGGUAUCAUGCCCUUACAGACGCGUUGGGGCAGGUGGAAACGAAUCUUCCCAUUUUGAUUCACAUCAAAAGAUGCGUACUUCUUGGCACGACUGAUCCCCAUGUCGCGCACAUUUUCAGCCACGCCGCCAUCUCUCAUGUGUCCAUGUAUCGCAGCAAGCUGAACUGUCUCGCCACCAUCUGGGGAGACGCUCGUAUCAAUAGAUACCAGGAAGCACACGGAGAGUCCCUUGAUGUUCCGCAGAACAUGCUCUCCCUCAAUUAUACUGUCCAUCAUCGCUGGGACAAGGCACAGGUCGCAUUCGAGCCUAUUGGCCAGGUCAAUAACAGUACUAUUCGCGUCCGUCUUCAUCUUCUAGAAGACACCAAACUCAGAUCACUCAAACGAAAACGGGAUUCCAGUCGGGACGAGUUCCAAUGGCGAAAUGAUCUGGCUCAGGACCCUAGAGAAACUCUUAAGCCAUUUAAGGACCAGUUUUCCUCUCCUUCCCCACUGGAACUCCGGCUUGUGUCUUCAGUCACACAGCACAUCGUCAGAGAUGGUCACAUUUUUGACAUCAAGGCAAGGAACCCAGCUCACCUUCCAAGCUAUGAACUCCUGGAUCUACAGUACCGGAUUUGUUUGAUGGCGACACUUCUUGGUGGCGGCGAAACUUCUGACGAAUACUUGUCUGAAUCUGAUGCGGACAACGAGGGACAAGCACGUCUCAGCGACUCAAAGAAAAUUCUGGUCGACCAGUGGUUCCAGCGUAUGGAGACUGAUCCGGUUGAUCUGGCCACGGCUGUGAUAGAGCGACUGGAGGAGGAAAAGGCCAUUGAGGAGGCAUGGGGCGAGCCGUCAUAG